UCCUGACUCUCUGUCCCUCCCUCGCCCUUGUGGAAUCAACUUGCCAGGCUGCUACCCCACCCAGCAGGCCAUUAGCUUGGAGUUAUUGACCGCUGGUAAAUGACAUGGGGUGAUACAGUACAAUGCGCUGCUGUCAUUCUCGCCGAUCGCAGUCAUCCGCUGGUGAUUGCUGCUCUCUGAUCAAUUUGCUCUCUGAGGGCCCCCCACCCUAGAGCUUCUCCUGAUCCCGCUGUUCGGGGUCUGAAUUCUCGUCCAGGAUGGAUGUAUCUGAGCUUAGGCACGUUGAGCCCGCACCCCUCAAAUUGAUGUAAAGAGUUAGUGUACCGCAUACUUUCUCGCGCUGCCAAAUUUAUCGCCGCAGCAUAUUCCUUCUAGCGGUUUUCCAGAAAAUCUGGAUAGUUUUUUCUCAGGACUGAAGACUGUCCUGAAGGGUAGGUAGUCCCCAUCCUAAGUACCGCUCUUAUUACGAUCACCUGACGAUAAUUUCAGUUUCAGUCUAGCUGCAGACUUUCUUGUUCGAGAGGCUAGCCGCAGCAGCAGCUUCUGCCCUCCACUGGAGGGUGCCACCCCCCCCUGCGUCAGCUUUCUUAUCACUCCCCUCCGGGAAGUGCGGUUCUCAUCUCAUCGUUUUAGCUCAGAUUCUGCUAAACCCUGGACGUACCCGCUCCCUCACCAACAGCGUGCUCUGACAAGCCUGGGGGGACUGGGGGGAACCAACGCAGAGACGAGCCAACACAGAGAAUCUCUUGUGAAGAGCCAACACAGAUAAUCUCUGAAGAUCCAAGGCCGUGGGGAGCUAAGGGUGCAGCAGCAGCCAUGGCCGUUCGGCCGGACGUUCUCCUGAAUCAGAUGGCCGGCGUUGACAGCGGUGAGACGGCCGUCCUUCAGGUUCGAGCCUCUCACAGAGCAGCUUCAACCGUUCUAGGCGUGGCGUCUCCUACCCUUCAGUGGGGUCCGUUCUCAGAUUCAGAACGUGCAGCAGAUGCAGCGGCAGCGGCAGUGGAAGCAGCAGCAGCAGGUGCAGCUGUGGCGAAUGCAUUCACUGACGAGAAUUGCAAUCUCGAGGCUGAGAUCAGCGCGUUGGAGGCUAAGAUCUGCGAGCUACAGUCCCGUCUGCUCCACACAGCCCUAAACCCGGACACGGACCCGUUUGCUGGCGCUCAGGCUGUGGCAUCCCCGCAUGCUGCUGCUGCUGCUACUGUGGUGGCCUGCACUGACAGCAGCGUCGACGGAGCUGCGGCGUUUGAGCGUGGCGAUUUGACCGCGCUGGAGGCGGCGUUGAGUCGGAGUGGCUCCAAGGGCUCCGGCCUGGACGACUCGCUCUCGCUGGAUGCCGUGCUGAUGGAAGCAGGGCUGGCGGAAGCAGGGCUGGCGGAAGCAGGGCUGGCGGAAGCAGGGCUGGCCGAAUUGGUGCCAAUGGAUGCUGUGCCUAUAAAGGCAGGGCCUGUAGGGGCAUCGCUGGUAAAACCCCUGGCCGCAGGGGUGCCUGCUGAAUCGGCGCUUGCAGCCGAUCGCCCUGCUGCAUGCCACCUGCUCCCCUUACGGAAGCGACAGCGAUCGCCGUUAUUGGAGCCUCCGGACGACCCUCUCCAGCAUCAGCACAUCCACCAGCACCAGCACCAUCAGCAGCAGCAGCAGCAGCAGCAACAACAGCAUGAUGCUGUUUAUCAGCAUCAGCAGCAUCAGCAUCAGCUUCAGCUUCAGCUGCAGCAUGAGCAUGAGCAUGCUCAGCAUUCCCUGCAUCAUGAGUACCAUCGCGGGCAUCAGGAUGAGCACAACAUCCUCUCCCCGACCACACCCACGUUCUGCCCCGCCCGCCUCUCUCCCCGCCCGGGCCUCACCAGCGCCCUCGUCAGCCCUCCCAGUCUUCACUCUCUUGAUCUGCUUGGCGUUGGCCAUGCGGCGGAGGCUAGCCCUGACAGUGCUGUGGACGCGUUCAUCACGCAUCACAUGCAGCAGCAACAGCAGCACCACCACCAGGAGCAGCAGCAGCACCACCACCACCAGCACCAGCAGCACCAGCAGCAGCAGCAGCAGCAGCAGCAGCAGCAGCAGCAGCAGCAGCAGCAGCACCAGCAGCACCAGCAGCACCAGCAGCAGCAGCAGCAUCAGCACCAGCACCAGCAGCUGACUUCUCCCACGCUCCAGCAGCACCUACCCCAACAGCACCUUCCCCAGCAGCAUCUACCUCAGCAGCACCUACCCGAGGAUAACCUACCCCAGCAGCACCUGGCUCAGUUGUGCCUCCACCGAAUGCAUCAGCGGCAGCAGGACAUGCAUCCAUCAAUCACUGAAGCCCGCACUCCCCGCUUCGUGCCUGGGAAGUCGUCUCUUUCCCUGCUGCCCCUGUCCCCCGGCUCUCCCCUCUCCUCCCGCUGCUCCUCCUCUGGAGCGGGCAGCGAAGGCAGAGGCUCCACGUGCUUUGCUCCAGUGCGGGGGUAUGAGGACUUGCAGCAGCAGCACUUGCGGAAUCUGCAGGCUCAGCAGCAGCAGCAGCAGCAGCAGCAACAGCUGGGGGCACACCCGCUGCUUGAAGCAGCCGAACCAAAGCAGCAGUGGGGAAGGGCCCGUGUGUUCAGCGUGCCGCAGAAGCUGCCCUCGCCCUCAGCAGCAUUCUUCCCCCCUGCAGCAGCAGGUGGCGGAGGUGGAGGUCGCAGGGCAAGCACGGCAGCCCAUAUGGCUAUUCACGCCAAGCAGCGGCGGCUGCUAGUGAAGCCCAAGAUCCACAGCUCAAGCAUGGAUGCCUUGCCAGUGGGACCUGCCAACACUGGAACAAACUACCCAGAGCCAGCAGCAUUGCGAUCGCGCUCACUCGACAGCCACCCUCUGAUCCCCUCCUUGACUGUUCCUGGGGCCUGUGUCAGCUCGAGCAGCUUGACGCCCCACCUUGCAGCCUCGGAGAUUGCUGCGCGGAUCCGAAAGACUCGGCACCUCGCACAGUGCACACCAGAGGUGCCGAGCACGCAGCCACCCAUGGCUGCUCAUGCGGGUGACAUGGCUGCCUGCAGUAAUCAGAACAUACCUGCUGCUUCUUCAUCCCUGCAAUGUCCCUCGGUGUUACCAGGGAGUACCUGCUCCGCUGCUCUCCACGCCGUUCCUCUGUGCUCCACCGGUUACAAUCACCACCUCCUGUGCUACCAAGCCAUGAAUGCAUUUCCUGCAGGGGAGUGGCCUGCUGUCCACUGUCUACCCAAAGUGUAUCUCAACCCGCCCGCCGGCGGGAGGAAGCGGGUGGGUCGAAAGCCCUCUGCUGGCAAGGUUGUCAAGCUAGCGCCUGCGCAGCUGACUCCAGCGAAAGUUCCUUGUGCCAGACUUCGCCCAUCCAAACUCAUUUCUAUCGCUCCGGCGCCAGCCUCUUGAUUGGCUCCUCAUAAUGCGAUGUAAUAAUAUUGCUAUUGUAACGAGAAACUACUCGUUUAACAUUAAUAUAAUAAUUAUUAUACU